GUCUAAAGAUCUCCCAUUUCACCACUAAAAUUCCCGACCUGACCGUUUUAGCCCCACUCCAACGGUCACUGGCCACCCAAAACCAACGCCAAGACCACCAAUCAGUAGGGCGAAAAUCGUCAUUUUUGUCCAAAACAAACAGACUUAAACUACUUUGGAGGGUGUUUUGUUCUUCAGAAACAAAAUCACAGAGAAGAAGAAGAAGCAUGGGCGAGUCGAGUGACUCAGUUUCUAUUGACAUUGAUGUGAUACCUUUAGGAGGGAAGGAAUGUGUGGUGAAAACAAGCAGAGGUUCAGUGUCUGUGUUUGUCUGUGGGGAUCAAGGAAAGCCUGCUUUGAUAACAUACCCAGAUGUUGCUCUUAAUUACACGUCUUGCUUCCAAGGCCUCUUCUUUUGCUCAGAUGCAGCUUCUUUGCUACUUCAUAACUUUUGCAUUUACCAUAUCGAUGCGCCAGGACAUGAGUUGGGAGCUGAUGUGAUAUCUUCAGAUGUUCCUCUUCUUAGUGUGGAUGACCUCGCAGACCAGCUAGUUGAAGUGCUUGAUUUCUUUGGGUUGAAAGAGGUCCUGUGCUUGGGUGUGACAGCUGGUGCUUAUAUCCUUACACUGUUUGCAAUGAAAUAUAAAGAACGGGUGCUUGGGUUAAUUCUUGUAUCUCCUAUCUGCAAAGUGCCUUCUUGGACUGAAUGGCUCUACAACAAGGUAUUGCUGAACUUGUUAUACUUUUAUGGUAUGUGUGGUGUAUUAAAGGAAUGCCUUCUCCAGCGUUACUUCAGUAAGGAGCUUAGGUGUGGCAUACAAGGUGCAGAAUCAGAUGUAAUACAAGCUUGCCGAAGGUUAUUGGAUGAAAGACAAAGUUUGAACGUGAUGCGAUUUCUUCAAGCAAUAAAUGAGAGGCAUGACCUUACAGAGAGCUUGAAGAGUUUGCAGUGCAAGACUCUUAUUUUUGUGGGUGAAAAUAGUCCAUUCCAUGCUGAAUCUGUGUAUAUGAAUGCGAGAAUGGACGGAAAAAGUUGUGCUCUGGUUGAGGUUCAGUCAUGUGGCUCGCUGGUAACAGAAGAGCACCCAAAUGCCAUGAUUAUUCCAAUCGAGUUUUUCCUCAUGGGAUUUGGCUACUACAGGCAACCACAUUUUGCGUCCUCGUCAAGUAAUGACUCGAACCCUACAAGCCCCUCGAGCUGUUUAUCCAUAGCACCAGAACUCUUUUCUCCUGAGGGUCUGGGUAUCAAGCUCAAACCCAUCAAAACAAGGGUAAAUACUAAGAGCUGAUGCACAAGUAUACAGCUUGAUUGUUUGUUGUAUUAAAUCUCAGAAGAGAAGGGGAUUGAAAAGCUUGAUUGCUUAUGGGAGUAAAUAGUAGCAAAUUCUUUGACUGUAGCAGUGAUAGUCGGUUUAGGUGGUAUAUAAGCUUUGGUAGUUCUGUCUAUAGAAGCAAAUUCUUUGAUUAUUAUUAUUUUUAUUUGUUUUUGAAAGGGCAAGUUCUCUGAUCAUAGUGGUGAGGAUUGAUGUAGAUCGUGGUAUACGUAUGAUCUUUUGCUAAAUAGGAUUCAGAGACUAGAUAGAUACGUAUGCAUUCGGGAGUAUUUGAAUUUUGUUAUUUGUAUUCAAUGAAAUUUUUUUGAAAAGAA